GAGAGAGAGACAAAAUAAGUGGCAACAGUGGUAAAAGAGAGACCUUUCCAAGGCCUUGGAUACUAUCUGACAAGUCCUGCUGCGAUGGCCAUAAAGAAACAUUUUUCCCAUUCUUAAAAAGGGCAGAGAGGAGCAAGUGACAGAGAGAAAUGGUGAAGAAAUGGAGUUGGGGAGAGGCGUUGCUGCUCAUCAAUAUCUGCAUUUUGGGAUGGAGGGCCAGUUUUAUCUAUGGAGCUACGGAUCCAGGAGAUGUGUCUGCUCUAAAUGCCAUGUUUACUAGUUUAAACUCGCCUCCAAUUCUAACCCUAUGGACUGCAAGUGGUGGAGAUCCGUGUGGUCAGCUUUGGAAAGCCGUUACUUGCUCGGGCUCACGGGUCACAGAAAUUUCACUGUCUGGUUUAGGACUUUCUGGAUCACUGGGAUACCAACUCUCAAGUUUGACAUCUCUAAUUAAUCUAGACGUGAGUAUCAACAAUCUUGGACCUGACAUACCUUAUCAACUCCCUCAAAACUUGCAAAAACUAAACCUUGGAUGUAAUAACUUCAGUGGAAGCCUUCCCUAUUCUAUUUCUCAAAUGAGUUUGCUUAUAUCCUUGAACAUCAGCCACAAUCAGCUUCGAGAUCAAAUCAACAAUAUGUUCUGGAAUCUUUCUUCCCUGUCCAUGUUGGAUGUCUCUUUCAAUUUUCUGUCAGGUACUCUCCCCCAGAGUUUUAGCAACCUUACCAGUAUGAACUCAAUGUUUCUGCAAAACAACCAGUUCAGUGGCACUAUAGAUGUUCUUGCAAAUCUUCCUCUCCAAAACUUGAAUGUCGAAAACAACAAUUUUACUGGUUGGGUUCCUGAACGAUUGAAGAACAUAUAUAUUCAGGAUGGUGGCAAUUCUUGGAGCUAUGGGCUUGCACCCCCACCUCCGCCCGGUACAUCUCCAGCCUACCACAAUUACAGAUAUCACAAGCCUGGGAACAAUUACAGCCCACUGAGUAGUGGUGCUGCUGAUGGAGAUAGCAGUAGAUCAGGAAUCAGUGGUGGUGCCAUUGCUGGAAUUCUUAUAUCUCUGCUAGUUGUGGGAGCAGUGGUAGCAUAUCUCUUUGUAAAGAGAAGGCCCAAGAAGUCAUCCACAGACAUAGAGAAGCUAAAGCUUGGGAACCAGCUUAGCGUAUCUACUGCUUCAAAUGCAGCGCAAGAUUCAUUGGCAGAAAUGAAGCUUAUUCAUACUUCAUCCUCAUUUGAUACAAAAGCAUUGGAUUCUCCUGCUUCAAUCAAUCUAAGACCCCCACCUAUGGACAGUCAUAAAUCGUUUGAUGACAAUGAUACAUCAACGAUACCUGCUGCGAAGAAGACCAAUGUCGCUCCUGAGAUAAGUGUGAAGUCAUAUUCAAUAGCAGAUCUGCAAUUGGCUACAGGCAGUUUCAAUGUAGAAAAUCUUCUUGGUGAGGGAUCAUUUGGACGUGUUUUUCGGGCUCAGUUUGACGAUGGGAAGGUUCUUGCCGUGAAGAAAAUAGAUUCAGCUGCCUUCCCUAGAGAGUUUUUGGAAGAUUUCACAGAGAUAGUUGCUAAUGUAUCUCAGUUGCAUCAUCCUAAUGUAACAGAGCUAAUGGGUUAUUGCUCAGAGCAUGGUCUGCAUUUGCUACUUUAUGAGUUCCAUAAGAAUGGCUCACUCCAUGACUUCUUGCAUAUAUCAGAUGAAUAUAGCAAGCCACUGACUUGGAACUCACGUGUCAAGAUUGCUCUGGGAACGGCCCGUGCACUAGAGUACCUACAUGAAGUUUGUGCACCAUCAGUUGUACACAGAAAUAUAAAGUCGGCUAAUAUCUUACUGGAUGCCGAACUUAAUCCUCAUCUUUCCGAUUGUGGCCUGGCUAGCUUUAUUACCAACCUUGAUCAUGCAUUAGAUCAGCAAGCAGGAUCUGGAUAUAGUGCCCCGGAGGUUACCAUGUCUGGUCAAUAUACAUUAAAAAGCGACAUAUACAGCUUUGGAGUGGUGAUGUUAGAACUUCUAUGUGGACGUAAGCCGUUUGAUAGUUCUAGGCCAAGAGCUGAGCAAUCCUUGGUUCGAUGGGCAACGCCUCAGCUCCAUGACAUUGAUGCCUUGACGAAAAUGGUUGAUCCUGCACUUAAAGGUCUUUACCCAGUCAAGUCUCUCUCAAGAUUUGCAGAUGUUGUGGCUCUCUGCGUCCAGCCCGAGCCGGAAUUCAGACCUCCUAUGUCAGAGGUGGUGGAAGCAUUGGUUCGGCUUGUGCAGAGAUCCAACAUGAGCAGAAGAACAUUUGGAAGUGAUCACGGAUCAUCUUUUAGAACUGAUGAACCUGAUGCACAUGAGACAUCUUAACUGGCUUCUUUAAGCAAUCUACAAGGAAUGCUUAAUCAUUCACAUCGAUGUCACGUUAAUAUUAGGAUUUCGUUCAUACCCGCCUUCAUAGACAGAAGCACGGUAAUGUUUUAUGUUUACGUUCACAUUGCUUUUCACGCUUUAUGCUUGCUGAAAAGUUCAUACGGAGUGAACCUAGUCGUGCAUCAAUGAAAACUGAGAAGUUAUUUUGAAACCUAUUUUGCUUAAUAGAAGCUUCAUAUUGCAAA